CUGUGAAGUUCUCAGAGUCAUUAAGGCUUAUCCAGCUAUCUUAGGAUGCUUGAAGGCCGAUUUAAGUAAAAUGAUCGAAAUUCAUAAUAAAAAUUAUCCUAGCCAAGAAGAAGAUCAUCAGAAGCAAAAUUUAGGAAAUAAAGAAAAUAUAUCAAGGAAGGCUGAGAUUAGAGAUCUUGGUAGCAUUAGCGCCAAGAAUCCUAAUCUAAGCUCCUAGUAAUAUGUCAAAGAGUAGUUCAAGAGAAGAGAGUGCUGGAAGGCGGAUCCUUCUAGACUCCAAUUUUGUCAAAAGUAAAGCCUCAGGUCAGAGAUUAGACACCGAAGAAUCGAAUCAUAGUAAUUUUUCUAGGCAAAGCCUGAAAAAUCGAGACUUUGCUCCGAUGUUUGACACUUUUAAUGAAGGAGAGACCAGCAUGAAGCUUAGAGAAAUUAGCAAUGAAGGAUCUCUUGACUUAGAAGCUCAGAUCAUGAAUCAUAUUGAUAAUCUCUCUCAGGGCUUCAAGUCUCUUAUACUUCAUUUGGACAUGCGCAGCAUGUCCAAAUCUUUAGAAGAAGUUCCUGAAGAGACUUUAAAAGUGAGAAUAAAGAGCUUGAUCUAUGAAUACGAACAAAAAAUUCAGGAGAUAGACAAAUACAGAACUGCCAACAGGGAGUUUUGCAAAGACUUCUCCUCAACUAACCUGUUCUCUGAUUUUGCCAAGACCACUCAGUCUAUUAUCAGGUACAAUGAAUCUGCUGAUGACUCAAAGAUGACAAGUAAUUUUGGAAUUGAGGACUCUCAGAAUGAAUCUCAGAACCCAGAAGAUCAUCAUAAUCAAGUUGUUGAAACCAUCACUUCUGAGAUGAAUAGUUCAUUAUUCAGGAAGAUCUAUUUGCCUGGCCAAAGAGAUGAAAGCUCAGAAGAAAGCAAGAGAGUCACCAAACCUCAGUCUUACUCCAUCAUCAAGGGAGGUCCUAAAGACAAGAAAAUCAUAACCAGCACCGGGGGACCAACUGAAGAGGACUCUCCUCAAAGUCUCAGCCAGCUUAAAAUAAAAAUGCUUCGACUAGAGAACGAGCUGCAGCUUCGUAAUAAACAGAUGAAGUCACUUUCAAGUGAAAACAAUGCAUGUGUAAAUAAACUAAUGGAUGCCAGCAAACUAAUCGAUGAUUUAUCAUCCAAAUACCAUGAUGUAAAUUUGGAAAAUAAUCGUCUAACCCAACAAUUGACAGAUUUAGAGUCCUGCAAAAAGGAAGAUAGGGGUAUUCAAACCUCAACUAGCCGGUAUGGCUAUGAAGACCUCCAUGAAGAGAAGCAAAAGUUGUCUCUAAAUUAUUCCUCAACACAGAAGGAUCUUGGAUUCUUUCUCACACCUAAUAAUUCUGACAACGAUGAGGUUCUUAUUGGCCCAGACUCUCCUGCAAAUCAAGCCCGAUGUGUGCUAAAUCAGGAAAACCCCCACAAGGCUAGUCAAGACAGUUAUGAAGAGAGCAAAGAGUACCAAGAAAACCGGUGAAAAUCAUACGAAAGUAGCAAGACUAAUAUCUUCAAAACAGACUUGUCUGUCUCAAAGACAUAUCUUGGCUCUUCCUCAUGAAAAUCAUUUGAAGAGAUCAUUAAGAGCCAAAAGGAUGAUAUAGAGUAUCUGAAGAAUCUGGCCAGAACUUUACUGUACAAAUAACAUUGGCCGCAUUAAGGACGCAAGGGAAGCAAUCGGAGUUAUCAUCGAUUUCUUACAAAACAUGGACACAAUGAACUUGAAGGACCUGUCGGAAUACAUCGCCAGGUUCUAUGAUGUCGCCUUUGGAGAUAAGUACCAAUACUUUAUAACCAAACUAGACUAUCUCAAGUCUGAGAUAGAAGAAAUCAAGUCAUUAAACAACAAAAAGAUUCUUUAGGUCAC